AUGGGUGACUACUCGAAAGCAUUUGAAUUGUAUAACAAAGCACUUAAAAUAAGAGAAAUAGCUCUGCCUCCGAAUCAUUCCAAUUUGGCUACUUCCUACGGUAACAUCGGUGCAGUGUACCGAGACAUGGGUGACUACUCGAAAGCAUUCGAAUUUUACAACAAAGCACUUAAAAUCGAAGAAAUAGUUCUGCCUCCGAAUCAUCCCGAUUUGGCUACUUCUUACAGUAACAUCGGUGGAGUGUACCGAGACAUGAGUGACUACUCAAAAGCAUUUGAACUUUACAACAAAGCACUUCAAAUAAGACAAAUAGCUCUGCCUCCGAAUCAUCCAGAUUUGGCUACUUCUUACGUCUGCAUCGGCUUUGUAUAUAACAGCAUGGGUAACUACUCGAAAACACUUGAAUUUUACAAUAAAGCACUUAAAAUAAGAGAAAAACUUCUGCCUUCGAAUCAUCCAGAUUUGGCUGCUUCCUACAAUAACAUUGGCAUCACGUAUUGUGGCAUGGGCCACUUCUCGAACGCACUUGCAUUUUUAGAAAAAUCACUCAAAGUAAGAGAAAUAGCUCUGCCUCCAAAUCAUCCAGAUUUGGCUGCGUCCUACAACAACAUCGGCAUGACGUAUGGUAACAUGGGCAAUUAUUCGAAAGCACUUCCAUAUCUGGAAAAGGCCCUUGUUAUUUGGAAAAACUCACUACCACCUACACAUACUAACAUUACAACAGUGAUAGAUAAUAUUAACUAUGUGAAAAAGAAUUUAGUUGGUUAG